AUGAAUAUCGAUUAUGACGAAGAAGAUUACGGUAAUGAAGAGGACUAUUGUCCUCUUUGUAUCGAAGAAAUGGAUAUCUCCGAUAAAAAGUUUUUCCCAUGUCCUUGCUUGUACCAGAUUUGUCAAUUCUGUUAUAACAACAUUCGUCAAAAUCCAGAGUUGAACGGCAGAUGCCCUGCUUGCCGAAGAAAAUAUGACGAUGAAAGUGUGAGGUACGUUGAGUUGACUCCCGAUGAAAUAAAGGCAGAGAACGCUAGAAAAGCUGGCAGGGAGAAAUCCAAGAAGCAGAAGGAAAAGGAAAGAAAGGAGCAUGAGAUGGCAUCCAGAAAGCAUCUAGCAGGGGUCAGAGUGAUUCAAAAGAAUUUGGUAUACAUUGUGGGAUUAAAUCCAACUGUCUCGCCUGAUGAUCUCCAAAGCUUGCUCAGAUCUGAUAGGUAUUUUGGUCAAUUUGGGAGAAUUAUGAAGGUAGUUGUAAAUAAGAGGAAUCAAAAUGCCAAUUCCGUGGGAAAUAGUGGCUAUGGUAUCUAUAUUACCUUUUCAAGAAAGGAAGAUGCCGAUAAAUGUAUUAGAGAAGUUGAUGGGUCAAUUAUGGAUGGUAAAGUAAUAAGGGCAGCUUACGGUACCACAAAGUACUGUUCUUCAUACUUGAGAGGAAUGAGUUGUCCAAAUCCAAAUUGUAUGUUUUUGCAUGAGCCGGGAGAGGAAGCAGACUCUUACAGACAUGAGACGAUUCACCAUCAAGAACCUACUCGACAUAAUGAAGGUGGAAUUAUCAGAUAUUCUAUGAAUGCAUCUGGUAGAACACCAACCAACGGCUUCACCAAUGGUAUUGAGCACCAAGAACUUAAGCCAGCAUUGCCAGCUACUGCCUCCUGGGCCAAAAACAAUGGAUCAUCAACCAAUAUUGCUGGCGAUUUGAACAAGACCAAAAACCCCGUUCUUGCUUCAGCUUUCCCAACAUUGGCAGAGCUUGCUUUACAACGCAGUAAUUCAAGUUCAAGUUUAUCUCAUAUGAAUCACAAAGAAAAGCGCAAAGAAAGAAACAAAGAUAACUCUCUUAAAGAUAAAUUGAAAGAAAACUUUGAUGAUUUGGUGCUUAAUGAGAUGAAUUCUUCCCAGUUCAUGGCUGACACUUUAACCAGUCUCAAGUCACAUAGUUCAAAUGAAAUCAAUUACGAGUUCAAAUCAGGGUUAUUCCAUAGUAUAUUCAACCAAGAUCCUGAUGAUUUCCCUCCUUUGUUUGCAUUUGCCCCACCUGACCAUUUAGAAGUACCAAGACAACUGGAAGAAAUCGAUUUCCUCGCUACUAGUGCUGAGUUGGUUGAUAGUAUCCUUAGACGCGCCAAUGCUGAUGAAUAUUUCUUGAAUUCAAGAUCGUCUGUCAUUUCAAAUGAGGCGUCCACUCCAGGGCAACAACCGGCAAAGAUACAACAGCCUGGAAAUGUUACUCCUGGAUCAUUCCAUGCGCCUCCAGGGUUAUCGUUACAAUCUCAAGCGACUACCAACAAUAGCCAUUCAAGUGAAAUUUUAAACCAUCUUUUAAAUGGUAAGAAAAGUUCCGUUUAA